AUGAAUGGUAGAAGUGAUGAUGUUGGUGGUGGUAGUUGUGGUGAUAGUAGUCGUAGUAGUAGUGAUGGUGAUAGGAGUGCACAUGAAAAAUCGAUUAGUUAUGAUGAUGAUGAACAAUAUUAUCCAAAGAAUAUUAAAUAUCAUUCAGUAAGAUCAUGUUAUUUCGCUACAUUAUUACGUCUUGUUAGUAUAACAAUAUUUUUUGUUAUGCUCAAUAUAACAAUUGUUUUUUCACAAUCAUCACAAAUUCAACAACAACAAAAAGAUCAAUCAUCAUCAAAAAUUCUUGAUAAAAAUUCUCAAGAUCUUUUUGGUGUAAAUACUAUUAAUGAUGAAGAUCAGCAACAUACAAACAAUCGUCGAGAUAUUCCGUUAGAAUCUUCUAAUUCAUCAUCAGUAAUUAAUUCGACUUUAACAACUAAUGGUAAGGUACCUAGACGAUUAACAUAUGAAAAACGUCUUAUACGUGAUUUACUUCAUAAUUAUCCAACAAUUUAUGCACGUCCAAUACGAAAUGUAUCUCAAGCAUUAACUAUAACUUUUGGUUUAACAUUUACACAAUUAUUUGAUCUUGGUUCAACUGGUCAAAAAAUGCAAACAAAUACAUGGAAAACAUUUACUUGGUUCGAUAUGAGUUUAGUUUGGGAUCCAAAAGAGUAUGGUGGAUUAGCAACCGUAUGCUUACCAGCUGAUUCGAUCUGGACACCGGAUGUUGUUCUUUAUAAUUAUGCUGAUGAACGUUUAAAAGAUUGGCGUGAAAUUUCAGCUGUUAUACAACAUACCGGAGAAGUAUUAUACGUACCAGCAACAAUGCAAUUUAGUAUUUGUUUUCUUGAUAUAACAAAUUUUCCUUUCGAUUUCCAUCAAUGUUCAUUAGUAUAUCGUUCAUGGACAUAUGAUCGUAGUAAAGUUGAACUUGAAUUUAAAGAUGGUAGACCUAGUAUGGAUAUGACAGCAUAUAUAGUUUCAAAUGAAUGGAAAAUCGAUCCACUUGAAGCAGAAAAAACAGUAACAAAUGAUACAUUUUCAUUAUUAACAUAUUCAAUGAUUAUUCAACGAAAAGGUGGUCUCUAUGGUUAUAUUUUAAUAUUACCUUGUUUACUUUUAUCUGCAGCAACAAUGGUUGUAUUUUGGAUACCACCUGAAUCACCUUCGAAAAUGAUUUUAACUGUAUCAAUUUUUUCUGGUCUUUUUCUUUUAUUACUUCUGUUGGCUGAAUCUAUACCGGGUGGCGGUGGUACUCCUAAAAUUGGUUAUUAUUAUUGUCUUAAUAUGGUUGUCGUUUCAGUAACAGCCGUCCUUGCUACUAUAGUCAUACAUAUUUAUGUUCGUGGUGAUCGACGUCAAGGAAUACCUCCAUAUUUACGUAAAAUUUUUCUUCACUAUCUUGCUCGUUUAUAUUGUAUGGCUCCAAAAGUACCUCCAUCAUUAUCUAAUAAUGUUUCAUCUCGUCAUGGUCCACCAUCACCCGGUGCUCUUUUAUUACCUGAACAAAUUUUUUUAACACCACAUUAUCAUGAAGAAGAAUUUUCUAAAAAACUUAAAUUACUUAAACAACGUUUUCAUGAAUAUCAUCGACAACAAAAAAAACAAGGUUUAAUUCGUGAAGCUAAUAUUACGAAUGAAACAAUGUCAGCACUUAAUGUUAAUUUACGUUCAAUUGAAAAUGAUUUAAAAGAAGUUCGAGAUUAUUUAAGACAUAUGAAAAAAAAAGUUGAAAGUACUGAUGAAGCAAAUAAAAAUGCUGCUGAUUGGAAACAGGUUGCACUUGUACUUGAUCGAACAUUUUUCUUUAUUUAUUGUUUCUGGUUUGGUAUUUCUCUUGUUGCUAUGUUUCCUAAAACUGAUGUAUUUACACAUAAUUUACCAACAUUGAUAGAUACGAGUAAUACUACAAAUUUAACAAAUAAUCUUACAUUAUUGUAA